CAGAUAUUGGUUAACAUUUUUUUUAGUAACAGCUUUCGUAAUUUUGCCGACUUGCAUGCGUUUGUUUUGACAAUGGAGGUGAAGAUGGAAGAGAUUCGUCAGCUGACGCUGAGAGACAAAGAACACAAAGAUACGACCUUGCACAGACUUCAGAAAGGAUGGAAACUACAUUUCGUCCUGGGCCCGUCCCUCCAAUCCAAACAGGUUCACGUCUUCACUAACCAUCCCCCUGGACACACCCCCGUGCAGCGCCCCUUCAACCGCGGCGAGUUCUACGAGUUGGAAUGGAAGACAGAGUCCAGCUCGCGCUUGGACAAGUCGGACCAGUACUGCGAAGUGCGUCUGCACUUAGCUGGGGCGUUUCAGUAUUACUUCACUCACGGAACGAGCAAUGCACCUCAGGGUUCGGGCUAUUUCGUCGUUGACCCAACCCUCAAGUUAACCAGCGACACAGACAUCUUGGAGCUGGACUGCAUUACCUUACAAACCGUACUGACGAAGUGUCUGGGUCCCUUAUCGGAAUGGGAGCAGCGCUUAGCCACAGCGAGGGAGACUGGCUACAACUUCCUUCACUUCACUCCGAUCCAGGAGUUGGGAGCCUCCAAUUCUUCCUACUCUAUUCGGGAUCAGCAUAAACUCAACCCCCUCUUCACAAGCAAGGGCCAGCAACCCGUCAGCAACGACGACAUCUCAGCCCUGGUGGUCAAACUCCAAUACGACUGGGGCAUGCUUAGUCUGUGUGAUGUGGUCUGGAACCACACCUCGUUUGACAGUCCCUGGCUCAUCGAGCACCCGGAGUGCGCCUAUAACGUCCACAACUCCCCGCAUCUCCGGCCGGCCUACGUCUUGGACCGUGUUCUGUGGCACUUCACGCUGGAAGUCAUCGAUGGGAAAUGGACGAAGCAUGGCGUACCGUCAAUCAUCAAAUCUGAAGAACAUAUUGAGAAUAUACGCAGUGUUCUCGUCGACAAGGUGCUACCAAAGUACAAGCUGGAGGAAUAUUACCAGCUAGAUGUAGCGGCGACUCUAGACAAGUUCAAGACGGCAGCUAAAGCUGCAAAGACUGUUUCCUCUGCUGAGGAUUCCAAGGAAGAUGACGUCAAGCUGAUCAAAGAUCCAAAGUUUAGAAGAUUAGGUGGCUCAGUGAAUAUGGAGAAAGCUCUACAGUGCUUCAACAUACAGAGGAAAGAUGCCGAAGAUGAGGAAGACAGACUCCAGAAAUCCUGCGACGCUUUCAAGAAACACCUCCUGUACUGGAACAACCGGGCAGCCAAUGAGAUGUCGGAAGACAUCCGCCACGCGCUGCACAAUGUCUGCGCCAACGUACGCUACCAUCGCGUGGACGAACACGGGCCACGCUGCGAGAAGGUUACCAAGAACGAUCCACUUGUACCCAAGUAUUUCAUCCACCUCGGCCCAAAUACGGACCCUACCACCGAGGAGAAGGUCAUGGACUCCGACAAAGCCCCCUUUCUCCAGAUCGGCAACGGUUGGGUCAUGGACGCCGACCCUCUCAAGAACUUUGCUGAGCCUGGAUCCAAGGUCUACCUACGCAGAGAGCUGAUUGUCUGGGGCGAUUCAGUCAAGUUACGGUACGGGGAGACUCCGGAAGAUUGCCCCUACCUGUGGAAUCAUAUGUUGGAAUACUCUCGGACGAUGGCGCGUAUGUUUCACGGAUUACGCAUCGAUAAUUGCCACAGUACUCCGGUACACGUUGCUGAGUACUUUCUUGAUGAGGCACGCAGGGUACGUCCAGACCUUUUGGUCGUAGCGGAGUUGUUCACACAGUCAGAGCACGUAGACAACAUGUUCAUCAAUCGACUUGGAAUCAACACACUUAUUAGAGAGGCAAUGAAUGCUUACAAUGCUCACGACCUGGGACGUCUCGUUCACCGGUUUGGCGGGGAGGCGGUCGGGUCCUUCCUGCAACCUCGUGUCAGGCCGUUGACCCCUAGUAUGAGCCACGCCCUGCUGAUGGACGUCACCCACGACAACCAGAGCCCCGUCAUGACACGCUCCGUGUAUGACCUACUGCCUACAGCUGCAUUAGUCUGCAUGGCGUGCUGUGCUGUCGGCUCCAGUAGAGGCUAUGACGAACUGGUGCCAGAACAUAUUCACGUGGUCAAGGAGAACCGUCUCUACACCUCGUGGAAAGAAGAUGCAGACGUCUGUCAUCUUGAGGAAGUCAGUCACAACCACGGAAUCAUCAAGGCCAAGCGAGUCCUGAACGAACUGCAUCAGACACUGGGAGCGAAAGGCUACACUCAGGUGUACGUUGAUCAAGUCGACGAGAAUAUCGUAGCUGUGACUCGGCACAACCCUGUCUCGCAUCAGUCAGUUAUCCUCAUGGCACGCACGGCCUUUAAACAUCCCUCUAAUCCGAGUUACACUGGUUACAUACCACCACUCUGUGUACCAGGGGUCGUCGAAGAGAUUAUCCUGGAAGCCCGCAUGGUCCAGAAAGCAGAGGCCCCGCCCCCAAAGAGUGACACCCACAUCAACGGUCUGGGUCACUUCACCGUGGACCUGCAGAGCAACAUUCAGCUGUACAGCAGUCAGAUGGUCGAGCUAGCUGACCACGGAUCAGAGAAACAGUCCUCGGUACAGGAGAUUGAUUUCAUUAACUUCCCACCAGGAAGCGUCAUUGCUUUCAAGGUCACUCUCAACCCAGCCUCCCGCAAGGCCUUAUCGGCGCUCCGAGCCUGCAUCUCUCAGUUUGGUUACCGUGUGCGUACUCUGAGCGGCAACCCGCCCAACCAGAACCAAGUCACGUCUAACUUCCAUACCAUCGCGAGGAAACUCUCCCUGGCCGAUCUGAAUCGAGUCCUGUAUCGUUGCGACGUGGAGGAACGCGAUGACGGCAAAGGCUCUGGGGGGUAUCAUAUCCCACAGCACGGUAGUCUGGUCUACUGCGGCUUGCAAGGUUUUAUGUCGGCACUGGACAAAAUUCGAAGCAAGAAUGACCUGGGUCAUUCACUGUGUGAGAAUCUACGUCAAGGAGACUGGAUGGCGCAGUAUGUAGGGAACAGACUAAAGCUACAUGCCAGCACCAGACAACUUGGCCAGUGGUUCGAGGCAGCCUUCUCCAACUUCAGCCUGAUCCCGCGCUACCUGAUCCCUUGUUACUUUGACGCCAUCCUGGUGGGAGCCUACGUGACCUUGCUUGACCUCUGCUGGCAGUCCAUGUCCAAGUUUGUUUUUGAGGGAUCGUCUUUCACCCGCGCUCUGGCCCUGGGCUCCGUUCAGAUGUGUGGCAUCGUCAAGACGUGCCCACUGCCCGAGCUGUCCCCUAAACUCUCCGACGUUCCCACGGUGACAGACGAAGAGACCAACCGCAGGGAGCAGUGCGCUGUCACCAUGGCAGCCGGACUGCCCCACUUUUCUGGGGGGUUCAUGCGGAGCUGGGGGAGGGACACGUUCAUUGCGGUUCCGGGAUUGCUGAUCGUGACGGGGAGAAUGGAUGAUGCUAAAUACCUGAUCCUUGCCUACGCCGCUACACUCCGCCAUGGCGUCAUCCCUAACCUCCUGGGCGGGGGUUCCCACGCCCGCUACAACUGCCGCGACGCGGUCUGGUGGUGGUUAUACUGCAUACAACUCUAUUGCCAAGGGAUGGAGGAUGGAUAUAGCAUACUGGAAUGCCCUGUGUCUAGGAUCUUCCCUGGGGAUGAGGAUGAGCCCCAGCCUGCUGGAUUCGUGGAUCAACCUUUGUCAGACGUCAUCCAGGAAGCAAUGCAGCGUCACGUUGAGGGCAUCUCAUAUCGAGAGAGGCAUGCUGGAAAGGGUCUCGACCAGAACAUGUCACACGAAGGUUUCAAUGUCACCAUCGGAGUGGACCACGAGACCGGGUUCCCAUUUGGAGGAAGUAAGUGGAAUUGUGGGACGUGGAUGGACAAAGUGGGCGAGUCGGAUAUUGCAGGGAACCGUGGAACACCGGCGACCCCAAGAGAUGGUUCUGCUGUUGAGAUCGUAGGACUUUGCAAGGCGACAGUCAGGUGGCUGGCCAAGAUGCACGAGGCUGGUCACUACCCGCACAGCGGAGUUACAGUAAGACUGGAUGGCAAACUAACCCAGAUGAGCUACAAGGAAUGGGAUGCCAAACUCCAGGCCAACUUUGAAAAGAACUUCUGGAUCGCUCCCGACGCCAACAAAGAAACCAACGAGCUGAUCAACCGACGGGGGAUCUACAAGGAUUCAGUAGGCGCCACGCAGUUCUGGGCGGACUACCAGCUAAGGCCAAACUACCCUAUCGCAAUGGUGGUGGCACCAGAGUUGUUUACCCCCUCAAGAGCCUGGACAGCACUGGAAAUGGCUGAGGAGUUCCUGCUGGGGCCGCUGGGAAUGAAAACGCUGGAUCCAUCGGACUGGGGAUAUGUGGGCGAUUAUGACAACUCCUACGAUGGACAUGAGACUAAGAGAGCGAGAGGGUUCAACUAUCACCAAGGCCCGGAAUGGGUCUGGCCAAUUGGCUACUUCCUCCGCGCCAAACUCCACUUUGCCCGUCGCUUGACCCCUGACCCCUCCCCAUCGGGGGCGGAGCCUCAGGACAACCUCUUCCAAUCCACGGUCAACUUUGUCCGUCAGACGCUGACGCGACACCACACCGAGGUCGAGCUAUCCCUGUGGAAGGGUCUGCCGGAACUGACCAACUCUGACGGUCAGUUCUGUAAGGACGGUUGCCCGACUCAGGCCUGGUCCAUGGGCUGCAUACUGGAGGUCUUGAACGACUGCGACAAGUUACUAGAAGAUACAGCUAAAUGAGGUCACCUUGAGGAUGGAAUGCGCAUACUAGUACCCCCGCAACAGUAAAAAAGAAAAAAGCGCGAAGGACCAUCUUUUUGCAAUACUGACGUGAUCGGUCAAUAAUUAGGUAAACCCGCCUCAUUAGACUGGUUCCUGCCUGCAUUCAUUGUAUAAGUGAAUGAUGCAGAUCUUGGGAACCAGACUACCCUUCCUCCCUAAUUUAGGCCGUUUCCUAAUCACAUGGCCAUGGCCUGAACAAACACCUAUGGAAGCCACUGGCUAGUGGCUGCAGCCACUUCCCAUAGACUUGUGCGUUACUGCCAGCCAUAGCCAUAGAUUUUAUAAAUGAUAAACAGCAUGCAUUAAACAGCAUAGUUCAAAUGUUGGGAUAGGUUUAUAGGUUACUGAGCCCCCUCUGUUGUUUACGUACGGAGGCCACGAUUAUUUUAUAAAAAAAAUAUGUCCAUUUUUAUUUGGCCAAUUCACAGCUUUUGUCACCUCUAACUUACUAGCGAGUACAAGUUUCCGAAAUACUUCAUGCUUUAUACUGUCCAGUUAUUAGAGAAAUUAAAGAUUAAUACCUUACGUCUGGCCCCUCUGUAGUGUCGACUCUCACGUAGACAUAAAUUUUUAGAUCAGCCUUGAAUGUAGAAACUGUAGAAUAUCUUAAUAAAAUCAUGCGAGGUGUGUCAAAUGUUUGGAGGUAGAACUUGAAAUAACAAGCUUAAAUAACUAAUCAAUUUACUGAACGAAUUGUUGACAGAUGUGUUUUGACUAAUAUUGCCACUGUUAAAGGAAAGUAUAGGCCUACUGGUAUGUGAUGAGCUGGUGGCUAAACUCUUAAUAGAUUGUCUAAUCCUGAAGGCAAAUAUUUUUUCCUUCCUCUUGUGUCUAAUUAAUGGUGCUUAUGAAAUACUGUACAUGGCGUAGCUUUUCAAAAACGUAGAUGGGUUGAAGUAAGUGUGUAAAAGUAACCACUGAUCACUGCCUUUAUGUUGGUUUUUCCCCCCAAGGUGUAAUGUUUUAGGCGUUCACAAUUUUUUUUUACCCUCAAUACUCCUGGCGUGUGGUGGGAAUGUCUCAUAGCUUGUGACCACAAGUUGUGAAGCAGAGUUGAAAGUUUUGGCUCAAGUUCCAACUCUUGAGUUGGUUUUGUGAACACAAGAAAUGUCCACGUAAUUGGACUGCAGCGUUUAUAAGAGUGAUUGCCCCUGAUAACUUUGUGAUAUUAAUAUUGUAUGUAAAAUUAAUGAUAAUAACCUUGCUUUCUGAAGAUCAGUGUUUCCCUAUACCUAACCUUCUGAAAUCCUUCAAAACCCACUUGGAAAUUUUGAAGGACUUUCUAGGAUUUCUAGAAAUCCUUCAAAACCCAGUUGGAAUUUUUGAAGGAUUUUCUAAGAUUUCUAGAAAUCCUUCAAAACGCAGUUGGACUAAUGAUUUUUGAAGGAUUUUCUAGGAUUUCUAGAAAUCCUUCAAAACCCAGUUGGACUAAUGAUUUUUGAAGGAUUUUCUAGGAUUUCUAGAAAUCCUUCAAAACCCACUUGGACAUUUUGAAGGAUUCUCUAGAAUUUCUAGAAAUCCUGCAAAACUCACUUGGCAAUUUUGAAGGAUUUUCUAGGAUUGUGAAAGGUGCUGCCCAGCGAUUAUAUCUUUACAUGGAACUUGAUGUCCCUAGAAAGUUAAGUACAAAUACAUGUAAGUACAGUGAAAGAUUUAGUAAAGCUGCGAAUGUAGGUAGGAUUGUCAUUGAUAAGUUUCUGCUGUGGGAGCUUUGGUUGUACAUAGAUUACCUUUUAGAGAUUCUAUCAAUUAUGUACCACUCACGAAUGUGUAGUUAAUAACUUGAAUGUUUCGAAUGCAGUUGCAAAUUGACUUCUUAAUGCAAAAGUCUGAUUAGGUUUAUAAAAAAGGAUUGUUACUGGAAUAUUGCUUCAAAUGCUAUAGUGUUAUAUUAAAGAUCUAAAUUGUAGAGAUUUAUCUUUUGUAUGUAGUUUAAAUAAUGCGCAAAAUACUCAAGUACGUAUAUAUAGUCUUUCCUUCUAAAGCAAUAUAACUGUUCGUUUAUUUUGUGUGUACUGUUUGUGUUUUGUAGGCUUCCUGGUUGAAUUUCUUUUUAAACUCACAAAUCAGAUUUGUUUAUUUUGUAAAUUGACAGAUCAUUGCAUUAUUUUAUUUAUCUGGGCAUAUAAAAAUGUAAUUGUUUAUUUGAUUAAAGCAUUUUACAAUGUGAAAAAUAUAUGAAAACAGGUCCAAAAUAUGGAAUCUGAUGACAAGAUUUACUGCCAUUUUUUUUUACCAAAGACAAUUUCACUCUGAGGAAAUUUCACAACCAAAAUUCUAAAUAUUUUGAUUUGUUAUUAAUUUUAUAAAACUCCAAGAGGUUCAAGUUGUUUUUUAGUCAUCUGUGAAAUAUGAAUAUUCAGAUUUUUGUGUUCUGAUUUGGAGGCACAAACAGUCAUGAAUUGAAAGAAAAAUGAGGUAUUUGCACUGCAAGAUUUAAACAGUAAACUUUUCAGUCACACACAUUAUGCUGCACUUAGUUUCAGUACAAUUUAUUUUGGGUCAAAAAAUUGGUUUUGGAAAACUAGUCAUUAAGGUUACAGGGCUUAAGUUUUGCAUCAAAUCUAAAAGUAUCUAAUUUUACAUAAAGAUGAAUAAAUAUAUAUGGUAAAAAUGAAUUAGAUGUAUUCUUUUAUAAUUGAUAGGUAGUUAUAAUUGUUUCGUUAUCUUUAUUUGUAAUCAGGGAAAAUAACUGGUAAUAUUUCUUUUUGGAAAACACUGCAUUAGGAAUUUUAAAUAUAUUUGAUCUUCCAGGAUUUUGUGUGAUUCUUUUGCAUGAACUGUGUGCUUCUUUUGGAUGCAAUGUACAGUCCUUUACACAAACUUCCUUACUUGUCAACUCAAAAAGAUUUGUUGUAUUUUACACUUUUAAUUUGCAGUGCUCCAAUAAAUUAAUGAAUGCCCUGCAGUCUCCUA